AUGGGCAUUUUAGUAAUUUCUGGGGGAGAUGGAAUACUCGGCUGCCCGCCCGGAAAACCAAACCCGAAUCCCGGACUCGAUGGAUUAGGGAAUGUGGGCAUUCCGCCAGGGAAAUUCGGAAUUCCAAAGCUGGGCAUUCCUGGAAUUCCCAAGUUAGGCAUUCCUGGAAUUCCGAAGCUUGGAAUCCCAGGAAUUCCAGGGAUUGUUGGAGCCAAAAGACGGCGACUGGUUCCUCCUGCUAAGGCCUUGCUUUCCGGGCCUGGAAAUGAAAGGGCGGCGAGAACAAAUACGGCCAGAAAUUUUAAAGGAGACAUUUUUUCUUCUUAG